UUUUUUGGCUGAGGAAGAAAUAGGGAAUGUUUUGGAGGUGUUUCUUGGAUGUUUGGUUUGGUCGUUUGCUUGUCCUAAAAAGCUGCCUUUUCUUGUGCGCUUUUCUGUUUGUUUCUCGGCGACAUUUUCAGCUCGGUCUCGAGAAGAAAUCGCAGCUUUUCUGCUGCUGCAAUCUUAAUCUUUCGUGUGAGGAACACGAUUCGCGGGGUCGGAUCUCAACGAACCCUCACUCUCUCCCUCCCUCUCUCUCUCUCUCUCUCUCUCGCGCGCGCCUCCUUCCUUCCUUCCGGAAGCUCGAGUUUUCUGGAUCUUUCUUGCGCCGGCAGGGCAGGUGCUGCUGCUUCCUCAGCGUGUAUGAUCCAACUUGGAGGAGGAAGAGCUUCUAGAACUCUUGGCAUUGUGGCCUCCUGGACCCAGAUCUUGAUGCAACUGCCGAGUACUUUUUUACUGAUCUAGAGGUGGUCUGGUUGGGUUCUUGACCUGAUUUGGUGGGGACUUUGCCGAGGCGAAAGGGGGACAGUUUGGCCUGAAUCUUUAUCUCUAGUUGUUGGUCCUGUCCUUUGGGCUUGCAAGCAUUCACAUGGCAGUGGCCGCCGGUUUGGUACUUUCUUGAUGGGUUAAGUGCUGUGGGUUUGUUGUGGAACUUUCUUCUUAGUUCCCAUUUGGGGGUGGACGGUGUGUGUUCAAGGGAAAGGAGAAGAGAUAGACAGAGCAAAGAAAAAAAAAGAGAGAGGAGUUCUUCGGUUAAUUUUUUUCCAUACGGCGAAAUGAAGCAUAUGAAACUUGGAUCAAAGCCAGACCUCUUCCAGACAGAGGGUGGCAAUAUCAGGAUGUACAGGAGCUUUCAGAGCAUGAUAUGUAUUGCUGAUCAAAUAAUAGCAUGCACUGCACUGCUAGGGAAGGAUGGAGGAGGAUUUGUCGCAACGGAACUGGCGACGGACAUUGUAAUCUCUGUAGGAGAUGUCAAGUUUUAUCUUCACAAGUUUCCUCUUUUGUCAAAGAGUUCCCGCUUGCAAAGAUUAGUGGCUUCAAGCAAUGAGGAAAGCAACAAUGAGUUGGAUAUCUCUGACAUCCCUGGUGGACCUUCAGCAUUUGAAAUAUGUGCUAAGUUCUGCUAUGGCAUGAUUGUAACACUCAAUGCUUAUAAUGUCCUUGCUGCUCGCUGCGCAGCUGAGUAUCUUGAAAUGUUUGAGACCAUUGACAAAGGAAAUCUCAUUUACAAAAUUGAUGUCUUCUUGACAUCAAGCAUAUUUCGUGCCUGGAAGGACUCGAUCAUAGUACUGCAGAGCACAAAAUCAUUAGUACCUUGGUCUGAAAAUUUGAAAGUAAUCAACCAUUGCAUUGACUCUAUUGCAUCGAAGGCAUUAAUUGAUCCAUCAGAGGUUGAAUGGUCAUACACAUACAACAGAAAGAAACUACCAUCAGAGAAUGGCCAUGAUUCUCAUUGGAAUGGUGUCAGAAAGCAAUUGAUAGUCCCUAAGGACUGGUGGGUUGAGGAUCUUUGUGAUCUUGAGAUGGAUGUGUACAAGCGGGUGAUCAUGACGAUAAAAGCAAAGGAAAGAACACCAGCUAUAGUGAUUGGGGAAGCACUGAGGGCCUAUGCAUACCGAAGGCUGCUGGGUUCCCUAGAAGAUACUGUGAGCAAUGGAGUUGAUUGCACUAAACGUCGUGCAGUGCUUGAAACCAUUUUAUUUCUGCUGCCCACUGAGAAAGGCUCUGUGUCAUGUGGUUUUCUUCUGAAGCUUCUCAGAGCAGCAUGCUUGCUGGAGGCUGGGGAAUCUUGUCAUGAUAUCUUGAUCAAGAGAAUUGGUGCACAAUUGCAUUGCGCUUCUGUUUCAGACCUUCUAAUACCACGAAAUACUAGUGGAACCACAUUAUAUAAUGUAGAUCUGAUCAUUGCGAUAGUAGAGGAGUUUGUUUCGCGACAUAGUGAUACUGGCAACAUGAAUUUUGAAGACGAUGAAGAAAUUGUGGAGGUUGAGAACCAUGCUUCUGUUUCCAGCACGUCAAAGCUGGCUGUUGCAAAUCUUAUUGAUGGGUAUCUUGCUGAGAUUGCUAAAGACACCAAUCUUCCCCUUUCCAAGUUCAUUACACUUGCUGAAAUGGUGUCCCCUGCAGCCCGAAAGAUGCACGACGGUCUAUAUCGCGCCAUCGAUAUGUAUCUCAAGGAGCACCCAAGCCUAUCAAAGAGCGAAAAGAAGCAAUUAUGUGGACUGAUGGACUGCAAGAAACUGUCCCAGGACGCGUGCAUGCACGCUGUGCAGAACGAGCGCCUUCCUCUCCGUGUGGUCGUUCAAGUUCUCUUCUUUGAACAAAUCCGAGCAUCGGUCGCUUCUGGGCGGGCCGACGCUGCGAUGGAGCUGACAUCAGCUGUACACUCACUGCUUCCCAGAGAGAAUGGCAACUCCUAUGGAAGCUCCAGGUCAGCUGCCACGACGACGACCGAAGAGGACUGCACCGGGGUGCCGACAUCCAGCGAUGUCAACUCACUCAGGUCGCUGAGGCUGGCCAACAACAGCGGGGGGAGCGAGAGGAGCAGUGGGAGCAGCGACGUCAACAACAAGAGCAGCGACGACAAGAGCUCCAGCAAGUCCAAGGGGUCACUGAUGCCCAAGAAGAUCCUGAGCAAGCUCUGGUCUGGGAAAACGAACGCCAGUGAGAACAGCAGCUCGGACACAUCGGAGAGACCCGGAUCACUCAACCCGGAAGAGGGGAAAUCCACAACUUCUAGGAAUACAAGGCGUUCGGUAACCUAGUGUCAACAGAGCCAUGAGUGGCCAUGGUUUUGGUCUUCUUCUUUCUUCUUCUUCUUCUUCCUCUUUUGCUUUGAUUUGAUUUCAGAAGAGAUAAAAUAGUAGCAAUCGUAGAAUGUGGAAUACUACUGACUGGCAGUCCGAUGGCAAAUGUAGCAGUGUUUUAUAGCAUUGUUAUGCUGGCAUUUGCUGUAGGUUUGGUCAUCGGUGAUUUGUUCAGGAACGUUUUAUGAUAUAGUCCUGUAAUUUUUUUGGUGGGGAUAUAAAGAUAAAGAAAGGAAAAUAUUUUAUUGACCAUUCAUGGUAUUGUUCUACUAUUUAAUAU